ACCGUCCGCCUCUCUCAGCACCGACUGUCCUCCAGACUCUGAACCCGACAAUGAGCGCUCCUCGGCGGGCUGCGUGUGUCCUCUUCCUCGGCGUCCUCUGGGCCUCCCUCUCCCCGUCCUCCUCCUGCCGGCUCCGGAUCCCGCCUCACGACCAGGUGGCCCAGGUCGCCCGCUUCGUCGCGCACCAGUGUGACUGGGCCUCCAUGGCCACCAUCUCCACCCACAAGCCGGUGGUGGGGCAGCCGUUCUCCAACGCCUUCUCGGUCAGCGACGGGCCGGAGGGCUCCAGCUCCGGGGUGCCCUACAUGUACCUGACCCGCAUGGAGAUCUCCGUGCAGGACCUGGAGGUGAACCCUCAGGCGUCUCUGUCCAUGUCUCUGGCUCAGACUGAGUACUGCAGACAGCAGGGCUUCGACCCUCAGAGUCCUCUCUGCGCUCACAUCAUCCUGUCUGGAUCUGUGAUGGAGGUGAACGGGACGGAGGCGGAGUUCGCUAAGAAAGCUCUGUUCAGUCGACACCCGGAGAUGAUCGACUGGCCGUCUGACCACAACUGGUUCUUCGCAAAGUUCAACAUCACACAGGUGUGGGUGUUGGAUUAUUUUGGCGGGGUGAAGACCGUCACGCCGGAGGAAUACUUCCAGGCAGCGCCGCACAGGAAGCACCACUAACGGAGGCCGAUGGUAAAGCGUCGUCGACCUGUGAGAUCUGCUGCAGGUUUGAAUCCUGAUCUCUUUCUACAAGACAACACGAGAUACUCAGGAGCUGCUGUUCAUAAUGUUUAGUCUCAACAUCUGCAACAACAAACAACAAAUGUUAAACAAAUGUUUGAUGGACAGAUUCUGAAAGUAGAAAAAUUCUAAUUCUAAUAUUUAGAUUUGCUGAAAUUAAAUUACAGACAAAUAAAUUCAAAAUCAGUUUUCAAAUGUGCCUUAAAACAUUAAAUUUAGUUUUAGUUGAUGCACAUUUUCAAGUUUAAAUUAAAAUACUUCACUUAAUAUUUUUGUAAUUUGGUGAUAAUUUAUUAAUAAAAUAAUUAAUAAAAAGUUAGAAUGACUUCUGGAGAAAAUAAAAUAUAUGUUUGAUCUCCUGAUGACCGUAUUGAACAAAAUGCUCAACCGCGAAUUGAUUCUUUCUCAUCAAUCAAUCAGCUGAUCAGUGUUUCUUGGCUUCUCUUUUGUUCCUAAAUCCAUCAAAUUCAGUCUUUUAACAGUGAAUCUCAGGUUUUUGUUGUUGAUCAGAGUUAGAAGAUGUAAAUGUGUGAUUGUAAAUGUGAGCACAGGUGUGUGAAAUAAUAUAUAAGGUGUGUUUUUGUCACAGGAAGCCAGCUGCAGUGUUGGUUUUUGGCCACUAGAGGGAGCUGCUGAGUUUCUAAUCAAAGACAAAACAGAAAGGAGUCAAAAAUACAAUUCAGUUGUUUUCAUAUUUUUACUGCAGAGAUGACUGAAUAAGAAUAUAAAACUAUAGUAACUACGUGUAAACUUCUGUCUUUAAUAGACUUUAAACGUUAUGUUAAAGUCACCAAAAUUGAAAACUUAAUCAUAAAGUUAUAAAAAAAUGUUCCUCUGUACCUAUUUUAUAUUUUGAUGUAACAGAAAACACUUUAAAUUGAAGGUGUUUCUCCUUUUCUUGCUUUGGUUUGGUUUCGUGGCUGCGUGCAGCUCAACACACCAAACUCCAUUUAGUAAAACUAAGAUUUAAGGUGUGUGAUUUUAUAGGAUUUGCACUAGAAAGCAACAGCAACAAGCUGCACUUUAUAACUUUGUCAUGGAUGACGAGAGUGAACAGAAAUAUUCAGAUGUGGAAAGAUAUUUGAUUACAGGAGUAUUAUGAGAAAUGUUGAUCUACAGAUGCCAUUAAUAAAGCUAACUAUUUCUACAAAACAGCUUUUACUACAAGAGAAGUGAAAAGUUAUUUUAAUGAUUACAUCGCCCUUUUCAGGCCGGUGAGCCGGUGAUCUUGAAUGUUUCUUCUCACUUCUGAAAGCAGAUCAGUAACUUUAAUCACAACUUCUAAAGUCGAAUGAAUCUGUUGCAUGUGUGAUGCCUUAAACUUUGUUUUACUUCAGUAACUUUACAAUAAUCAGCUUUUUCAUGCUGGUGGAAAAUAUAUGCUUUCACAACAUCAUAAGAAGACUCUGCUGUGAAAUUGUAUUUUUUUAAAAAGGAAUAUAAACGGAUGAUUUGUAUAAAUAAAGUUUGUGCUUACAACA